AUGGAAAAACAAAUUCACUAUAAACAAAUUUAUGAUAUUUUGCUUAAAAAAAUUAAAGAAGAAGAUCAUUAUGACAUAAAUAAUUCGCAAUUUCUAAAAUUAUUAUCAAAAGAGCUAGGAACAGAUAUUAAGAACUUUAUCGAAUACAUUAUGAAGUUAGCUGAGACCAAAAAAAUCUACUUUAUAAGACAUGCUGAAUCAAAAUAUAAUCAUUGGAAAAAAAAAUCUCUUUUUAAUAUGUCAUUUAGAUAUCAAAAAAUAGAGGCAAAUAUAGAUCCUGAGAUAACUUAGAAAGGUAAAGAUUAAUGUAAAAGCUUGUAAUAAAAAAUGUAAUCAGAUCUUAAGGAUAUAAAAUUUGAUGUUGUCUAUGUGUCUCCUAUGACUAGAACUUGUGAGACUUUUGGAUAUACAGCAACAUAAGAAAAUUAAUAGCUGAUAAAUAAUUUUAGUCACUCUAGAGUGAUAGGCUGUCAUUAUGUGAAAGAAAGAUUUGGAUCUGCUGCAAAUAUUGGAAGGGAUUUAAAUUAUGUUAGAUAAAAUUUAUUUUAAAAUUGGCAUAUUGAUGGAGAACUAGUAUAAAAAGAUGAUUGGUGGAGCUUUAAAGAUUAUUAAAAAUCUGGUCAGACAAAAUUUCAAAUAGAAGAUGAGACAAUUUAACAAUUAGAAAGAAGAUUGCUUAUUUUCUUUUUAUUUGCUUUGCUUUCAGAAGAUGAGAAUAUAUGCAUAGUCAGUCACUCUAGUGUAUUCAAAAGAAUAACCAUGAGAAGUAAAUUCUAUCCAGGUUCUGGAAUUAAAAACGCUUAGAUUCAUUAGCUUACUCACUAGAUUUUAAAGCCAUUUUUAUCUCAUUCUAUCUCAUAAAACAUGAAAACUUAAUGA